GAUAUUUGUUUUUUAGGGUGGUCUCUCUGAUAGCUGUGUGGAAGAUCAACUUGGAACAGGAAAACUAGAUGAGAGGAAAUUGCAAUCAUUCAGAUUUUAAAGAACUCUUUCUUUGAAUUCAUGGUGUUUCAUCCUAUAUACGACUAAGAUACCAAACCUUUUGAAUUGUUGUUAUUGGACCGAAAAAAUGACGUCUAUUAUCAAAUUAACUACCCUUUCUGGGGUCCAGGAAGAGUCUGCUCUUUGCUAUCUUCUCCAAGUCGAUGAGUUUAGAUUUUUACUGGACUGUGGCUGGGAUGAGCACUUUUCUAUGGAUAUCAUAGAUUCCCUGAGGAAGCAUGUUCACCAGAUUGAUGCAGUACUGUUGUCUCACCCCGAUCCUCUCCAUCUUGGCGCCCUUCCAUAUGCUGUCGGAAAGUUGGGUCUGAACUGUGCUAUCUAUGCAACCAUUCCUGUUUAUAAAAUGGGGCAGAUGUUCAUGUAUGAUCUUUAUCAGUCCCGACACAAUACAGAAGAUUUUACACUCUUUACACUAGAUGAUGUGGAUGCAGCCUUUGAUAAAAUACAGCAGUUAAAAUUCUCUCAGAUUGUGAAUUUGAAAGGUAAAGGACAUGGCUUGUCUAUCACACCUCUGCCAGCUGGUCAUAUGAUAGGUGGAACAAUAUGGAAAAUAGUCAAAGAUGGAGAAGAAGAAAUUGUUUAUGCAGUUGACUUCAACCACAAGAGGGAGAUCCACUUAAAUGGAUGUUCCCUGGAAAUGCUAAGCAGACCCUCUCUACUUAUCACAGAUUCAUUUAAUGCUACGUAUGUGCAGCCCAGGAGAAAACAAAGAGACGAGCAACUUCUGACAAAUGUCCUGGAAACACUUCGAGGUGAUGGAAAUGUGUUAAUAGCAGUGGACACUGCAGGCAGAGUUUUGGAACUUGCUCAACUCCUUGAUCAAAUUUGGAGAACUAAAGAUGCAGGAUUGGGUGUUUACUCAUUGGCACUCCUAAAUAAUGUCAGUUAUAAUGUGGUGGAGUUUUCUAAGUCCCAGGUAGAAUGGAUGAGUGAUAAAUUGAUGAGAUGUUUUGAAGACAAAAGAAAUAAUCCAUUUCAGUUUCGUCAUCUCUCUCUAUGUCAUGGUCUUUCUGACUUGGCUCGAGUACCUAGCCCUAAAGUGGUACUUGCCAGCCAGCCCGACCUGGAAUGUGGAUUUUCAAGGGAUCUCUUUAUUCAGUGGUGCCAGGACCCUAAAAACUCGAUCAUUCUAACUUACAGAACUACUCCUGGGACUUUAGCACGUUUCCUAAUUGAUAAUCCUUCUGAAAAAAUUACAGAAAUAGAGUUGAGGAAACGUGUGAAACUUGAAGGGAAGGAACUUGAAGAAUACUUGGAAAAAGAGAAACUAAAGAAAGAAGCUGCUAAAAAACUUGAACAGUCAAAAGAGGCAGACAUAGAUUCUAGUGAUGAGAGUGACGUUGAGGAAGAUAUUGACCAGCCAUCAGCUCAUAAGACUAAGCAUGACCUGAUGAUGAAAGGUGAAGGUAGUCGUAAAGGAAGCUUCUUCAAACAGGCUAAAAAGUCUUAUCCUAUGUUUCCUGCCCCAGAAGAAAGAAUUAAAUGGGAUGAAUAUGGAGAAAUUAUCAAACCAGAGGAUUUCUUAGUGCCAGAACUUCAAGCUACUGAAGAAGAAAAAAGCAAAUUAGAGUCUGGCCUGACAAAUGGAGAUGAACCCAUGGAUCAGGAUUUAUCUGAUGUUCCUACUAAGUGUAUUUCUACAACAGAAUCUAUAGAAAUAAAAGCCAGGGUUACUUACAUAGACUAUGAAGGACGCUCUGAUGGGGAUUCCAUUAAAAAGAUCAUCAACCAGAUGAAACCACGGCAGCUGGUCAUUGUCCACGGACCGCCAGAGGCCAGUCAGGACCUUGCGGAGUGCUGCCGUGGGUUUGGCGGGAAAGAUAUUAAAGUGUACAUGCCAAAGCUACAUGAAACAGUCGAUGCCACUAGUGAAACUCAUAUCUACCAGGUGAGAUUAAAAGAUUCACUUGUCAGCUCCCUUCAGUUUUGUAAGGCAAAAGAUGCUGAAUUAGCUUGGAUAGAUGGUGUCUUAGACAUGAGAGUUUCCAGAGUGGACACAGGAGUUAUUUUAGAAGAAGGAGAACUAAAGGAUGACGGAGAAGACUCAGAAAUGCAAGUGGACGCUCCUUCAGAUUCUAGCGUUAUAGCACAGCAGAAGGCCAUGAAAAGUCUGUUUGGAGACGAUGAGAAAGAAACAGGUGAAGAAAGUGAGAUCAUUCCUACUUUGGAACCCUUACCACCUCAUGAGGUUCCUGGACAUCAGUCAGUUUUUAUGAAUGAACCAAGACUGUCGGACUUCAAACAAGUUCUUUUAAGGGAGGGAAUCCAAGCUGAGUUCGUAGGAGGUGUACUCGUUUGCAACAAUCAAGUAGCAGUCCGUAGAACGGAAACUGGACGCAUUGGAUUAGAAGGCUGCCUUUGUCAAGAUUUUUAUAGGAUAAGAGACCUUUUAUAUGAACAGUAUGCCAUUGUGUAAAGGACAUGAUGUCAAGAAGUAUCUGUUUGACCUUUCUAAGAAAAAAGGAUUCUUACUCUAAGCUUUUGCUUUUUCGCUUUGUAACAUACAAAAAGAAUCUGCCAGAAAAACUUAACAUGCAUUAGAUUUUUAAAAAUGUAAAUAGAAACCAUAUUGCUAAUGCUCAAAUGAGCAUGCUACCUUUUGGCUUUCAGAGUGAUAAGAGAUCCUUACAAGUGUGCAGGCCCUGGAGUUGAAGGUGAUUGGCUUCCUUUAGAGACCCCUUAUUCUAGAAGGGCUUGUUACUUGAAUAAAACAAUGCAACUUAGCAAACCA